AUGAGUGCCUUUGAGCACGAGCUCCUGGAGACUCUGCAGGAGGUGUUGUUUAUCCUACUCGCUCUCAUUCCGACUUGUUUUACGUCACCGCUUCCUCUGGACUGUGCUGACGUCCAAUCCCAGAACCCCACCAAGCCCAGUGGGGUGUACACUAUCUUUCCUGGGGGGCCCAUCUCCCCCCUGCAGGUCUACUGUGACAUGGAGACCGAUGGGGGAGGAUGGACAGUGUUCCAGAGAAGAAUGGAUGGUUCUGUGAACUUCUACAGGGGCUGGGAUCAGUACAAGGAGGGCUUUGGGAACAAGGAUGGGGAGUACUGGCUGGGGCUGGAGAACAUUGAGCUGCUGACCACGAGGAUUGGGAAGUAUUAUCAGCUGAGGGUGGACAUGGAGGACUGGGAGGGGGGGAAGGGCUACGCCCUCUAUCAAGGUUUUCGUGUGGACCCUGAGAACUACGGCUAUGCACUGGGAGUGGGCAAAUAUCUUUAUGGUACUGCUGGUGACAGUUUGGCGUUCGUCCACGGCAUGAGGUUCACCACUUACGACAGAGACCAGGACUACCAUGAGGACAAUUGUGCCAAACUCCUUUUGGGGGCAUUCUGGUAUAAGGCUGGUUCCUGUUCUGAUACCAACCCAAAUGGCAUUUAUGCUGAAGAUUCAAGCUCUCCGUUCUCGAAAAACAUAUUUGUUGUAUGGGCUGGUUGGAAUGGAAUUAACUACUCCCUCAAGGGAAUUUCCUUUAAGAUAAGGCCAACGUAAAACACGUUGAAAC